AAAAGUUUCUAAAUGAAAAUAAACAAUAACAACAAGUAGAAAAGUUCAUCAACUACUCCUCAUUACAUGGAUAUUAUUUGUAUUUAGUUAUUCUUAUAAAUUGUCAAUUAAUCAGUAAAUUAACAAGAAAAUUGUGUUAACAAUUAACUGUGUCUAUGUGUUUAAUCAGUAAUAUGUGCCAAGAGUGGGAUAUUAAUGAUAACCAUAUUCCCAAGAUAACAAGUUUCGACAACUUCCAAGAAUGGACUGAUGGACAUGUGCGUUAUGUUUAUCGAAUUGAUUGUGAUGAAGCCCGGAGGCAUUUAUCGGGAUGGGCAAUGAGAAAUACUAACAAUCAUAAUGUUCAGAUAUUGAAAAAAUCGUGUCUCGGUGUUUUGAUUUGUUCACUUCGAUGUGUCCUCGACAAUGGUGAUCGUGUCCAUCUACGACCUGCUAUUUGUGAUAAGGCUCGGAAAAAGCAACAAGGAAAACCAUGUCCGAACCGGAAGUGUCCAGGUAAACUAGAAGUACUUCCCUGUAGAGGUCACAGUGGAUACCCGGUGACCCACUUUUGGAAAAAGAUUGAAGGAGUUGCUAUACUUUUCCAGGCCAAAGGAAGUCACGACCAUCCCCGUCCAGAACCAAAGGCCAGUGCUGAAGCUCGUCGAAUGGGCCAAAGUACAAUGCGAGCAAUUAAAUCAUCUCGAUUAGCUAAUAGCAUCUUUAGCACAACAUUACCACUUUCUGCUGGAUUAAAGAGUCAAACGAUAAAAGGAGUUAAAUGUAAGAUUGAGGUUGAAGAGAAGGUGACAUUCAAUCGUAGGUACAAAGCAAAUAUAACAACUGAUACAUUUGUGGAUAACAUUCCCAUGAAAGGAUCAACAACAAUCCAUGAAACACCUAAGGAUUCAGUGGUUACCUUUGAGAUUAAUAGGAAAUCAGAUCCUGGAAUAUGUUUAUCAUGUUUCUCUUAUGAUUCUCAGUGUGGUUGUUCAUAUUCAUUCAAUUCCACCUCCCACCAGUCAAAUGGAUCAACUCAACUUUUACCUUUGCCACCGAUUCCACCAACUAAUCAUCAACAGUUACAAAAUCAACAGCAUCACCAUCAUAAUCACCAUAAUCACCAUAAUCACCAUCAUCAUCAUCAUCACCAGGGAUCUGUUCAACCUUCACCAUCUUCACCAGUUUUAUCUUUACAACCCCAACCCCAUAUUCAACAUCAAUAUCCGCUUCCACCCUCAACUGGAUCUUCCUCCAAUGAGGCAACCAUUUUGAGUUCAUCUUUAACUUCAUCUUCAGCCGUAUCUUCAUCGUCUUCCUCUUCAUCAUCCUCUUCAACCAAUGGUUACAAUUAUUACUCUAAUUCGGUUGAUAAUUUACAAAAUACUUCUUACCUACGACAUUACCACCAUCGAUCAAAUUAUCUUGAUUCAUCAACUGAACCUGAAUCAUCAUCUAAUCAUCAAACCUCCGAUUAUGGUCCAGUAUUUCAGCUGUACGAUGAAUCUAAUUAUUUUGGAAUCAAUUACCAUCAUCUAUGUCAUUCAACUAAAACUGAUGAAAUUAUCACUGAGACUACAUUUACACCCAUUGAAACUAAUCAGUUGAAUGGAUUAUCAACUAAUCUAGCCAAUGGUGGUAACACUUCGUGUACAUUUUAUAAUGGCUCAAAUAGUAAUCAGUCGUUAACAAUUUCUAAUCAGCAAAUUGAAAGUACAACCUCUCAUCAUAAUCACCAAGAAUCUCAUCAAAAUCAUCAUCACCAUCAACAACAACAUUAUCAAUAUCUUCAAUAUCAACAAUAUCAUCAACAUCGUCAACAUGAGCAAAUGUAUAUUGAAUCUGAUGGUAAUAGUUUCAGUCCAAAUGAACAAACCAAUAGGUUGAUUAAUAGUGAUGAAAAUGGCAUAACCAUAAUCGGUGAAUCUGAAAAUUCAGUUGUUAGUUAUGGUGAUUAUGAGAUGGUUAUUGAUACUGAUAGAAUGUCAUCCUCCCUUAAUCAGCCAACAAUUUGUGAACAAUCAACUUCCCCAGUAAUUUCAAAUCAAUCAGAGAUACAACAACAAUCACCCGUUAUAAUAACAACUUCACCUCAAUCACUACCACCACCCUCAUCACCAUCAACACCAACAGAGGUAUCAAGUACCACCCCAAUGUCACCAACAGGUUACAUUGAUAAAAAUAAUUCUGACCAAAUUGAAGUAAAACUUUCACAAUUAGAAAUACAAACAAUUAACGUUCCUAUAUGUGAAAAUUACCUUCAAUAUCAAGAUGCCAAUAAUCAUCAGCAAAUUUAUACAGACUCUAAAUGGUUAAUUAAUCAACACAAUAAUCUAGAUAAAUUAGAUCAUGAAACAGAAAAUAGUCAAUCAAUUAUCAACAAUCAACAUAAUCAUCAUUCCAACAAUAGCAAUGCCUUUAUCAACGAUUGUCCAUCAAUCAACAAUAAUAAUUCAACUUCCAACAAUCAAAGUGAACAUUUAACAAGUUCAACAAUCCUAAUACAAUCAACUGACCAUUACAUUAAUUCAUCAUCAUCAUCAAUUGAUGAACAUUCAAACAAUAACAUUGAUUUCACCCGUUUCUGGAUAAACGACAAUGGUACCGAAGUUACAUCAUGCCCAGACUAUUUCGACCUUAAAUCAAGGUCAUUGGUUAACGAACCAACCGAAAGUUAUAUUAUAUUGUAAUUAACUAAUUUUCCAACCUAUUUUUUAUUCCUAAAUUUCUUCCAACCUUUCCAUGUAUAACUUAUUCAUAUUAUCAUGAUUUAGAUAAUUUGUAAAACAUUACUGGUCAAUCAAUCUAAUUAUUAUUAUUAUUAUUAUUACCAUUAUUAUGAAAAAAAUUGAAUAAACUUGAUUCUUGUUAAUCAG